AUGGAAGCGGCCGAGGAGGAGCCGCCGGACGGCAGUGACGACAUCUGGCUCAGGGCAACCCUGGAUCAGGGCGCGGGGCUCCUCGACUCCGCCCUGACCAACCUCAGCCUGGCGAUGUGCUCGUGCGACGUCCUGCGCGGGGUGAGGACUCUGAAGGGGCUGAUAAGGAAGAACCCCCGCCUGUACAUGCUGGACGUGGUGAUCUUCAACCUCUGCACGCUGUACGACCUGUCCUUCGACGCCGUUGCUAGCGCCAAGAAGCGGACGCUGCAGGCGGUCACCCAGCGGUUUCGGCUGGAAGACAUCGACACCUCCUCCUUCCGCAUGAGCUGA